GAGUUUCCUUUCGAACAAGGGACUUGAAAUCUGCUGACUUUUGACUCGUUCUGAACAACACAUCACAAUUUUGUUUUACUUAAUAGUUCCGAAUCCUAAUAUAAAGCGAAACGACAAAGACGGGAUUCAAAACACAAACAUAAACUUCAAGCUCGGCUCGGUCAAUUGACCACCAGGCGGGGGCGGGGCUGGCCGUUUGUGUCCUUUGUACAAGGUGCGGCGAGCUUUGAGUAGGAAAGAGACCAGAACGUGUUAUUUCCGAUAGACCUUUUCAUCCCUAGCUGCAAGUGAAAAGAGUAGAGAUGGCAGGCGACGGAGAAACGCACGGCGGUGGCGCGCUGCAAACGGCCAAGGAUCUGGCUGCUGGUGCGGCCGGUGGCAUUGCGCAGGUGCUCAUUGGCCAACCAUUCGACAUUGUCAAAGUCCGCCUGCAGACCACGACGACCUACCCGUCCGCCCUCGCCGCCGCGACGUCAAUCUACAAGAACGAGGGCGCGCUCGCCUUCUACAAGGGCACGCUCACGCCGCUGAUCGGCAUCGGCGCCUGCGUGUCGGUCCAGUUUGGCGCCUUCCACCAGGCCCGGCGGUGGUUCGAGGCCCGCAACGCCCGCGACCUGUACCCGGGCGAUGCCGUGCUCGCCGCCGCCGGCGCCGCCACGCCGCCACCCCUCAGCUACGGCCAGUACUACGCGGCGGGCGCGUUUGCGGGAGUGGCCAACUCGGUGAUAUCCGGACCCAUCGAGCACGUGCGCAUCCGGCUGCAGACGCAACCGCACGGCGCCGCGCGGCUGUACAACGGGCCCAUCGACUGCGCGCGCAAGAUGGGCGUCGCGGCCGGCGGCAUCCUCCCCGGCCUGUACCGCGGCGAGGCCGUCACUAUCCUGCGCGAGGCCCAGGCCUACGGCUGCUGGUUCUUGGCCUUUGAGUGGAUGAUGAACCGCGACGCGGCCAGGAACAACAUCUCGCGCAAGGAGGUGCCCAGCUACAAGGUCGCCUUCUACGGAGGCCUGGCCGGCGAGGCUCUCUGGCUCGCCAGCUACCCCUUCGACGUGGUCAAGUCCAAGAUGCAGACGGACGGCUUCGGCGAGCACGCCAGGUACAAGAGCAUGCGCGACUGCUUCGCCCAGACCUUCAGGGCCGAGGGCCUGAGGGGCUUCUGGAAGGGCAUCUUCCCCACGCUGCUCAGGGCCAUGCCCGUCAGCGCGGGGACGUUUGCCGUGGUGGAGAUGGCCAUGAGGGCAAUGAACUGAGCGUUCUGAGGCGUUUCGGGGAGGGAUGUCUGGCUUUUAUAUAUAUUUGUUUGUUUUUAUCAAAACGUCGGUUGGAAUCCCAGGCCUGAUUAGAUUACACGGCUUCGUCUUUUAGCGCACAUAUAUCACUUGUUAUUUCCCCAGGUUCAUCCGGUUUGAAUUACUGUGGCUUUUAAAAUCGGCAUUCUCGGGCGUUGAAUAUAUUGUCACAGAAAAUCCAACAUGUAUAUUGUGAUGACAGAAUA